CCGCUGCAAAGCUGAGGCGGGAUUGCCCCAGCCGGGAUAAUUUAGCUCGCCCUCGGGAAGGCCCCAGCGUGGAAGGCGGGAGGAGGCGGCCGCGCGUGGACCUGCAGACGCCGGCCUUUCGCCGCAGAGCCCACCUGGUGGUACCUCUCCGCUUGCUCUUCCGGCAGGCGUUGUGAGCGAGUGCGCUUGCGCGCCGGACACUCCGCGCGCCUCGCCGCUGACCGCGCACCGGCCGGCCGGCAGCGGCCCGACGGUUCUGGGGUUGCAGGCGACUUGCAGCUCAGCUCGGCUGCGCACCCGCGAGCAGCAGCAUGUCGCGGAGGCGGCAUAGUUACGAGAACGAUGGUGGGCAGCCUCACAAAAGGAGGAAGACCUCUGAUGCAAAUGAAACUGAAGAUCAUUUGGAGUCUUUAAUAUGCAAAGUAGGGGAAAAGAGUGCCUGCUCUUUGGAGAGCAAUCUAGAAGGCUUGGCUGGUGUUCUGGAAGCUGAUCUUCCUAACUACAAGAGCAAGAUCUUAAGGCUUCUUUGUACAGUUGCACGCCUGUUACCUGAGAAGCUGACAAUUUAUACAACGUUAGUUGGACUGCUGAAUGCCAGAAAUUACAACUUUGGUGGAGAAUUUGUAGAAGCCAUGAUUCGCCAACUGAAAGAAUCACUAAAAGCAAAUAACUAUAACGAAGCUGUCUAUUUGGUCCGUUUUCUGUCUGAUCUUGUGAAUUGUCAUGUGAUUGCUGCCCCAUCUAUGGUUGCUAUGUUUGAGAAUUUUGUAAGUGUGACUCAGGAAGAAGAUGUGCCUCAAGUGCGAAAGGAUUGGUAUGUGUAUGCGUUUCUGUCGUCUUUGCCCUGGGUUGGAAAAGAGUUGUACGAAAAGAAAGAUGCAGAAAUGGACCGCAUCUUCUCCAACACUGAAAGUUAUCUUAAAAGACGCCAGAAGACUCAUGUGCCCAUGUUACAAGUUUGGACUGCUGAUAAACCACAUCCACAAGAAGAGUAUUUAGAUUGCCUAUGGGCCCAGAUUCAGAAAUUGAAAAAGGACCGGUGGCAGGAAAGGCACAUCCUAAGACCCUACCUUGCCUUUGACAGCAUCCUCUGUGAAGCGUUACAGCACAAUCUGCCUCCUUUCACACCACCACCUCACACGGAGGACUCGGUGUACCCGAUGCCCAGGGUCAUCUUCAGAAUGUUUGACUACACAGAUGACCCAGAGGGUCCUGUGAUGCCAGGGAGUCAUUCGGUGGAGAGGUUUGUCAUAGAGGAGAACCUUCACUGCAUCAUAAAAUCCUACUGGAAGGAAAGGAAAACUUGUGCUGCACAGCUGGUGAGCUACCCAGGGAAGAACAAGAUCCCCUUGAACUACCACAUAGUUGAGGUGAUCUUUGCAGAGCUGUUUCAGCUCCCAGCGCCCCCUCACAUCGAUGUGAUGUACACUACACUGCUCAUCGAGCUGUGCAAGCUUCAGCCAGGCUCUUUGCCCCAAGUUCUUGCACAGGCGACUGAGAUGCUGUAUAUGCGUCUGGACACGAUGAGUACUACAUGUGUAGACAGGUUUAUUAAUUGGUUUUCUCAUCAUCUAAGUAACUUCCAGUUCCGUUGGAGCUGGGAAGAUUGGUCUGAUUGUCUCACUCAGGAUCUCGAAAGUCCCAAACCAAAGUUUGUAAGAGAAGUUCUAGAAAAAUGCAUGAGGUUGUCUUACCAUCAACAUAUAUUAGAUAUUGUUCCUCCCACCUUCUCAGCUCUGUGUCCUGCAAACCCAACCUGCAUUUACAAGUAUGGAGAUGAAAGUAGCAAUUCUCUUCCUGGACAUUCCGUGGCACUCUGUUUAUCUGUUGCUUUUAAAAGUAAGGCAACUAAUGAUGAAAUCUUCAGCAUUCUGAAGGACGUACCAAAUCCUAACCAGGAUGAUGAUAACGAUGAAGGCUUCAGUUUUAACCCAUUGAAGAUAGAGGUCUUUGUGCAGACUCUGCUGCACUUGGCAGCCAAAUCCUUCAGUCACUCCUUCAGUGCUCUUGCAAAGUUUCAUGAAGUCUUCAAAACUCUCGCAGAAAGUGAUGAGGGGAAGUUACAUGUGCUGAGAGUUAUGUUUGAAGUUUGGAGGAAUCAUCCACAGAUGAUUGCUGUCCUGGUUGAUAAGAUGAUUCGCACGCAGAUUGUUGACUGUGCAGCAGUAGCAAACUGGAUCUUCUCAUCGGAGCUGUCUCGUGACUUCACAAGGUUGUUUGUUUGGGAAAUUUUGCACUCUACAAUUCGUAAGAUGAACAAACAUGUUUUAAAGAUCCAGAAAGAGCUCGAAGAAGCUAAAGAGAAACUGGCAAGACAACACAAACGACGAAGUGAGGACGAUGACAGAAGCAGUGACAGGAAAGACGGGGCCCUGGAGGAGCAGAUAGAACGACUGCAGGAGAAGGUCGAGUCUGCUCAGAGUGAACAAAAGAACCUUUUCCUCGUCAUCUUCCAGCGUUUCAUCAUGAUCCUAACUGAGCACUUGGUACGAUGUGAAACUGAUGGCACCAGCAUAUUGACCCCGUGGUACAAGAACUGCAUAGAGAGGCUGCAGCAGAUCUUCCUGCAGCAUCACCAGAUAAUCCAGCAGUACAUGGUGACCCUGGAGAACUUGCUUUUCACUGCCGAGCUAGACCCUCACAUCCUGGCUGUGUUCCAGCAGUUCUGUGCUCUGCAGGCCUAAUAGUCAUGUUUCUUCCCUUUUUGUUAUCUUGAAAUAAUUUGUCUUAUUUUUGAUGGUUUGAAUGUUUGCUUUCUUGUAGUAGCCUUUCACUUCCUAAGGGAAACGGGGGAGGAGAGCCCAGAGUAUGACAUUUCCCUUAGUUGCCCUGAAGGGCAAGUGUUGCUUGAUGACAGCUAUGUUAUGGUGGCCGUAACGUUGUAUAAAUGUGAGACACAGCUUUCCUGUGAUGAAUUUGAUACUUCUUCUUAGGGCACAAAACAGCAGGGUUGAGGUGUGUGCAAUGCAAGGUCAGGCUUGCAAAGUAGUGAGUACAACCAACGGACACCAGGGAGCCUAGCUUUUCUCUGCUCCUUAGCAACAUGGCUGGAAUAAACCUAAGUUCUGUUUUUUAAA